AUGUUUUAUUUGAGGUGGUGCCAUGUUGAGAGGUGUCCUAAGUUACAGGAAGUUUUCACCCCUUACACAAACCAGUGGUGUUGUUCCUUUGCUGAUAUGGAGACCAUUUGGGUGACCGAUCUCAGAGCAGCUGGCUGCAUUUGGAGCAAAGGAAUGACUCGGGCAUUUGAGGAAGAAUCUGUCUUUGGAGAACUACGGAGCAUACACUUGCACAACUGCCCAAGGCUCAAGUUUGUCCUCCCAAUCUCGUCAUUCAUCUUACCCAGCCUAGAGACCAUCCAAAUAGUCCACUGCGGUAAUCUCAGGCAGAUCUUCCCAUGGGAUGUGAAUUAUGAAGCUGGAAAAGAAGACACUGUGAAGAAUUUUCCAAAGCUAAAGCACAUACACCUGCACCAACUCGACUGCCUGGAGCAAAUAUGCGAGGCCAAGAUGUUUGCUCCCAGGCUUGAGACGAUCAGGAUAAGGGGUUCUUGGGGCCUUAGGCGCCUCCCAGCUGUCGGCCUUCGCCAUGGAGCCGGCCUUCCUGUUGUGGACUGUGAGAAGGACUUGUGGGACAUGCUAGAGUGGGACGGUCUGGAGGCCGGGCACCACCCGUCACUCUUUGAGACACAUCAUCACUCGCUGUAUUACAAGAAAGCCCUACCCAGAGUCUCGGUCCUCCGUUGA